UUGCAUAAUAUGUGCAUGUUUUCGCUGUUAUAAAAACCCAAGGGAGUUUGUUGAGUACUAACAAACUCAAAAGUAACAUUUCAACUUCUUAUAUCAAGAUAUAGAGCUAAUUUUCCCAUGAAAAUGAAGUUAGCUUUGGCAAUUAUAGUGGUGGCAUGUUUCUUAAGCUCUCACAUUGAAGCAGCUCUGGAAGUAGGAUUCUACCGCGAUAAAUGUCCCUUUGCUGAAGCUAUUAUUAGAGACGAGGUUACAAAAUCUUUUCUUAGAGACAGAGGGAUUGCUCCUGGCAUUGUUCGACUGCAUUUCCAUGACUGCUUUGUUAGGGGUUGUGAUGGAUCAGUCCUUAUAGAUUCAACCCCAACCAAUCAAGCUGAGAAAGAAGGUCCACCAAAUGGAAACACUCUACAAGGUCUUGAAGUGAUCGACAAUGCUAAGGCUAGAAUCGAGGCUGCUUGUAAAGGGGUUGUGUCGUGUGCUGAUAUUCUUUCAUAUGCUGCAAGGGACUCCAUAUCUUUGACUGCAGGAGGAUACUGGGAUGUACCAGCAGGAAGAAGAGAUGGCAGGAUUUCUAAAGCAUCAGAAACUUUAGACAUCCCUGCUCCUUCUUUUAACCUUGAUCAAAUCACUCAAUCUUUUGCAAACAAGGGUUUAACACAGGAUGAAAUGGUUGCUCUUUCUGGAGCACAUACAAUUGGACGAGCACACUGUUCCUCAUUCACAAACAGACUCUACAACUUUAACAGCACAACAAUGCAGGACCCGAAGCUAAACCCAUAUUAUGCACAGUUCCUGAAGCAACAGUGCCCGAGAGAUUCUCAAGGAAACGUUGAUAAAAACUUGGUUGUUUUCAUGAACCAAACCCCAUUUCUUAUGGAAUCGAGUUACUAUAGAAAUCUUUUCCAAAAUGGUGGUUUGUUUACCUCUGACCAGGCGCUCCUUGACAGCCAGGAAACUGCUCGAGAGGCUGCAUCUUAUGCAGGGAAUAGUUUGGGUUGGCGGAGGGAUUUUGUUCAAGCUAUGAUAAAGAUGAGCCAGAUUCAAGUUCUGACUGGAAACGAAGGAGAGAUUCGAGCUAAUUGUAGGGUGAUUAACCCAUAAAAGGAAUAGAAAAAUUUGCUGCAUUUCCUGUUGUUGCUGUCAUUCUGUUUUUAUUAGUACAAUUCCAAAUCUUACACUACCUGUUACAUAAUGUUGAACUUAAGGUAAGGAUUUUCAGACUGAAUAAACUGAAUUGUGUAUGUUUAAAUGAAACCAAAUGAUAAAUAUUUA